UGACACUAGCAACUAAUAGCCUAGCCGGCUACCUCGGCUAAUCUGAUUUACCGUCUCUGUUAGACGGACGUAACGCUAGCCCCGGGAUUACCGUAUUCUCCAUACCCAGUGAUUAACGCUAAAUAUAGGGGACAUUAAACAGCCGCUUGCUAACAGAAUGGCAUCGCUUGGGGAGCCCGUGCGGUUGGAAAGAGAUAUUAACCGUGCUGUUGAACUGCUGGAUAAGCUCCAGAGGACGGGGGAAGUGCCUCCCCAGAAGCUGCAGGCCCUGCAGAGGGUCUUACAGAGUGAAUUCUGCAACGCCGUCAGAGAAGUUUAUGAACAUGUUUAUGAAACGGUGGACAUCAACAGCAGUCCGGAAGUCCGGGCCAACGCCACAGCGAAGGCGACUGUGGCAGCUUUUGCAGCAAGUGAGGGACACUCGCAUCCGCGUGUUGUGGAGCUUCCCAAAACGGAAGAAGGUCUGGGGUUCAACAUAAUGGGCGGGAAGGAGCAAAAUUCCCCAAUAUAUAUCUCUCGAAUCAUCCCAGCCGGCAUCGCUGACCGACAUGGAGGACUGAAGAGAGGCGACCAGCUUCUCUCUGUCAACGGGGUGAGUGUGGAAGGUGAGCACCACGAGAAAGCUGUGGAACUCCUCAAAGCGGCUCAGGGCUCAGUGAAGCUGGUAGUGAGGUACACCCCCAAAGUCCUGGAGGAAAUGGAGUCCCGCUUUGAGAAAAUGAGGUCGGCGAAGCGCCGCCAACAGAACAACUUCCCCCAGUAGGGUUUGUCCGUGUUGAUGCCCAAGCUCCCAUGUCUCUCCUCUUUUAGCCUUCGGGCCAUGUGUUCUCUCUCUCCCUCCCUCUCUCUCUCUUCCUCUCCUUUCCUUCUCUCUCACUCCCAAAAAAUGCUUCACAAACAUACUCAUGUUUUUAGUUUUAGUUCCUUCUCAAAUAUACCAUAUAUUAUACUUCUACUCUACACUUCUGUAGCAUUUUUAAAUAUUUGCCAUUGUUACGUUGGACACUAUAACUCUAGACAAACAUCGUGAUUGUCAGUGUAGGUGGUCACUCACACUUGUGCAUUAUUUUGGAAUGCAACUCUGAAUGCUUUUGAGACCAACUACACAAUUCAUUUGACUGGAAAGUUAGUGUUUUUAAAUAUUUUAUCACAGUCACUACCAAGUGCCUCAGGGCAAUCGUGUUUAUUGUAUGUACUGUGUUCACCGUUAUGUUUUUGUUUUUAAUGGUUUCAAAGUCAAGUACUGGUAAUUAAAUUCAAAAUAAUUUGCAUCUGUUAUUCUCAAAGCUCUGUACCUAAAAUACAUGGUGGCAAAUGCAGAUACCCUUUAAUUGUGCAUACAUAGAAAAAACUGCACUUUUUUGUUCAGAGAAGGGAAGCAUUGGAGUAUUUUUAGUUCCAAUUAGUUAAAAAGAACGCCGUAAGCAGGAUAAUAAGGGAAACUACCGAAAGGACACCUUUAAAACAAAUGAUGGAUUAUCUAUACUUCUCUGGGCUAAAUUUAUAGUUGUCUAACGUCACACCACACUAUAAAAAGCUCACUGUAAGUGAUUUAAUGGGGUCUCAGCAACUUUUGAACUAAACUGCUGCCGCCACAGAGCCUCGAAUUUAUACUUUUAAUAAUAAAUAAGGAAGUCGUACAUCUUCAUAAGCAAAUACUCUGACCUGAGAUAAAACCUGUUUGACUUCUGUUCGAUCUGUUUUUAAAUGAAUCACAAAUGUACUUAACAUUUGUCUUUUGAAAUUCCAAGCAACCUCUUUGGUCACAAUAAUGCCUAAUGUGAGCUUUCCUCAUUCUUUUGAAUGCUGUUAUCACAGCUGGUUCAUAUUCACUUUUCACCACGUUUUGGGGAUUAUGCUGUAAAUCUGCUGCAUUGGUGAAUUUUAUUUCAUUUUUCAACAUUUUAUUUAACAAUGUCGGGGGAGAAUUUGUUGAGCUGAAUCCACAAAUUUCCACCACAUCUAACAUGAAACAUUAACUUAAUUAGAACCUGUUGUUUAUACUGUUAAUCUUUGACUUCUUCAACUGGUGCUGGGAUGAGAUGUAUAGAAAAAUGUCUUGCCGUUUAAAUAACGAUUUCUUUUAUGAUGCUUUCACUCGAAAAUGAGUACUUCCAUACUUUCAAUAAUUUACUAAUACAUUUAAACUGUCUCUGUCUGUCCUGCAUGUCACUCCACAUCUAUUUCCUUAAUAGUUUGCCAUCAUUCUUUUAUCACCUCUAACAGUCUUUGCGUCACUAAAGCCAACCAUUUAUUGGCACCCAUGUACUUUGUAUGUAAUAUUAAGUCCCUGGCAGGCAGGCUCAAGCCGGCUAAUGUCGAAACUGUGUCAAUGACCCCCAAUUUGCUGUAGACCUUCCUCCCAUGUUUACAACACUUACAAAGUUAUUUUUUAUAGUUUCAAAAUGUUUUUCAAAGCACAAUUAGCUACAAUAUGGAUGUUCCUUAUUAUAAUGUGGAUUAUACAUUAUCAAACUGAAUGCAAAACAAAUGAUCUAUGCAAAGUAAAUUCAAAAAACUUUUGAAAUAUCCUCAAAUGGUGCAUAAAUAUUUUAUUGCAGAAUGUUCUUGGAAAUUACUACUUUACGGCUGUGUGGACAAAUGUAUGUUUGAGAACGCUGCACUAAAACACAUUGGGGUUAAAUUAUUACUAAGUAACUCAUAUUUUUUACUGUCUCCGUUUGACACUAGCAUUGCUAUCUAAUGAACGAUGGUCAAGUUACGGUACAGUCCGACUUUGACACAUUUGUCAUUCAAUUUAAUCAGAACGUGUGUCCAAAUGUUGGACUGUUACUGUACAUGUAGAGGAAUAGGAUUAUGUGACGGUGUGUUUAGCAAUAGAGCGUCGCAUAGGCCACUAUGAGUAUACUUUUGUUUUGAGGCUAAACAUUCAACAGGAAAGUGGCUUUACAUAGAAGUCAAUGUCUUAAAAUAAUGUAUUUUUUGUGUUUUAUUACAUAGAUUCACCGCUUACACACAUGAAUAGUAAAUCAGGACAAAAUGUAAUGUAAAAAAUGUUCACACGUCACACUCACCACUGAAUGUCACUGACUAUUGUCUGGAUGGGUUUUAAAUUUUAGUACCUUUCAACUUUCUACCAGUCUCCUGUGUCUAUAUAUUGGAAUGAUCCAUAGAGUAUUUUUUAUAAUAGCUUUCUUUUGAUAUUUUUCUCAAUUUUUAUAAAGGAUUUUCCUAAAAAUGAAUACAGUAAUUGGUACUUCCAUUUUGACUGCGUUCCAGGACCAUCUCAGCAAAGUCUCCUAAAGCCGCGCUGUUACUGGACUAAUGUUUGGGAACUUGACGUUUCCUUGAUCAGCUCCUCCUUUCUGAGAUUUCAACUGAUUAGUCUUUUCUUUUUGGUACCAGGAGAAAACAUUUGUGAAAACCUUUUGAAAUAUUUAAGUUUGUCGUUGUUUAGGUGUAUUACCUGUGUUGUUAUUUUGUGCUCUGGUUUCUUAUCCAGUUUACUGUCACUUUGAUGUGAAAUGUAAAAUGUUGUGAUGUAGAAUAAAAAACAGUUGGACAAAAUAAACUGUUUAAAAAUGUCAAACAAUAA